AUGCCGGGCAUGCGAGACCAACCCGAGCCCAUCGCGAAGCGGGCCGACCAGGCGCAUGUUGGUAGCCCUGGACUCGAAUCCUGUGAUUCGGCGCCUCCAAAGCUGCGGCUAUGCUCGGGGAAGGGCCUUGUAUGGCCGUCCUUGGAUCUGUCGUGGGGAGAGGGCCCGUCUGCUAUUGAUGCAGGGCUCGUGCAUCCCUCCUUGACUGUGCCGGAUGGCGCAUGGGGCACGACUGAUUUCCAUGAGCAGGUGAGAUUGGCAUCGAAUGUUUCGCAUGAGCGUUCUGGAAGCUCUUGUCUCGGAAGCCUACCCAAAGAUCGCGGACUUUCGCGUUCUUCCUCAGUUGCCUGUGCAUCCAUGCGCUCUGGCAGCCCACAGAAAAACAACCUGGUGUCUGGUGACAUUCUUAUCGAGCCAUCUGCAAUAUCACCUUCCUGCGGCGCAAGGAUUUCUUCUCUUGUUCGGUCGUCGUCGACUCCUUUGGUCGGACAGUCAAGGUUCUCGGCCAAGGCUUUACACCCAGGCUUUUGUUCAAGACCUGUGUGA